GCUGCGCGCGCCCCCGGCGCAGGCCCCCCCCUCCCGACGGGGGCCGCGGGCCCCGAGCGCGGGCACAUGCCGGACCUGGUGGUGACGGCGCUGCUGGCGCCGUCGCGCCUGUCGCUGAAGCUGCUCCGCGCCUUCCUGUGGAGCCUCGUGUUCUCCGCGGCGCUGGUGGCCGCGGCGGCCUACGGCUGCGUGGCGCUGGCGCACGUGCUGUGCCGGCCCCGGCGCGGCUGCUGCGGGCGCCGCCGGCGCGCGGCCCCCGCCUGCCUGAGCGACCCCUCGCUGGGCGAGCACGCCUUCCUGACCCUCAAGAGCUCGGGCCUGCGACUGCACUACGUGUCGGCUGGGCGAGGCAACGGACCCCUCAUGCUGUUCCUGCACGGCUUCCCCGAGAACUGGUUCUCCUGGCGCUACCAGCUCAGGGAGUUCCAGAGCCGCUUCCACGUCGUGGCCGUGGACCUGCGUGGCUAUGGUCCUUCCGACGCGCCGCGGGACGUGGACUGCUACACCACCAGCCUGCUGAUGGCGGACAUCGAGGAUGUCAUCCUAGGCCUGGGUUACUCCAAGUGCAUCCUGGUGAGCCACGACUGGGGUGCUCUUAUCGCCUGGAAUUUCUCCAUCUACUACCCGUCCAUGGUGGAGCGCAUGGUUGUGGUCAGCGGUCCGCCCAUGUCCGUGUACCAAGACUACUGUCUGCGCCACAUUGGCCAGCUCUUCCGUUCGAACUACAUGUUCCUGUUCCAGCUUCCCUGGCUGCCCGAGAAGUUUCUGUCCAUGUCUGACUUCCAGAUCCUGAAGACCACCUUAGCUCACCGCAAGUCAGGCAUCCCGCACCUGACCCCCAGCGAGCUCGAGGCCUUCCUGUAUAACUUCUCACAGCCCAAUGGCCUCACCGGGCCCAUCAACUACUACCGAAACCUCUUCAGGAAUUUCCCGUUGGAGCCCCAGGAGCUGGCCGCGCCCACACUGCUGCUGUGGGGGGAGAAAGACCAGUACUUCGAGCUGGGGCUGGUGGCGGCCAUCGGCAGCCGCUUUGUGCCCGGCCGGUUGGAGGCCCACAUCCUGCCAGGGGCGGGCCACUGGAUCCCGCAGAGCCACCCCCGGGAGAUGCACCAGUACAUGUGGGCCUUCCUGCAAGACCUGCUGGACUAGCGGCCCCCUUCCCGCCAGCCUGCCCAGGAGCGGGGGAGGGGGGACUCCCAGGAGCACACGCCCCACCCGCCGUCCGAGUGUGCCGGGGGACCCGAGGGACGUC